UAUGACACGGUCCCUUGUAUACACUUUUAAACUCAAUUGCAAUAACCAUCUGUGUGAAAUCCAUUUGAAAAUAGAUAAAAAUCAUCACCACAAUUACUUCUGUCAGUGAGGUAACGAAAUAAAGAUGGGACAAAAGAAUUCUAAAACUGAAGAUUAUGUUAUAUAUGUGAAGACUGGUGACAAAAAAGGAGCUGGUACUGAUGGAAAUAUAUUCGUGUCGUUAAUUGACGAAGCUGGUGCGAGGACACGGGAUUUGGAACUCGAUACGUUGUGGAAGGAUGACUUUGAGGCAGGAAAUACUGAUAGUUUUCCAGUGAGUGAUUGCCCAGAUUUCAAACAUAUCGCAAAGUUGGAUAUUUGGAGGGAUAACACAAGAGCAAACGAUAAUUGGUAUGUCGAUAAAGUUGUUGUGGAACGGUCCAAAGAUAAGGACCAGAGUGUAUUCCCAAUACAUCGUUGGAUACCUGCCAAUUUCCGAAUACAGAUACAGGAGUUUGACUGCGUAUUACCGCAACACGAUAACAAUCCGGAACAACGAAAGAAGGAACUGGUACAAAAACAAGAAAUAUACAAACUUAAGGUUCGAAACGAUGGUCUCUCUGCCCAGAUAUUAGAGAUGCCAGCCGAUGAAUCCUUCUCCAAUGACUACAAAUGGGAUAUACAGAAGACAAAGCUGAAGCUUGGUAUCUCGGCUAAAGUCAUAGCUUCGAUGACUGGCAAGUUUAAAACCCUUGACAGUAUUGAACAUAUGUAUGGUUCGACAUUUCCAGUUCCCUAUGGUCUAGAGAACUGGAGAAGCGAUGUUGAAUUCGGAUCCCAAAGGCUAACUGGAUGUAACCCUGUAUCAAUAUGCCUCUGUCGCGAGAUACCCAAUAAUUUUCCAGUUGCACCAGGGAUGGUUGAGCCAUUCCUUGAAGAACAGACUCUUAAGAAUUGCCUAGACAAUAAAAGGAUCUACAUCGUGGACUUCAAAAUUCUAGAAGACCUUGAAUGCACUAACAACAGAACAGUAUGUGCAUCACUUGGUUUAUUCUAUGUGAACAAUAGACAGAAGUUAAUGCCUAUUGCCAUCCAACUCCACCAGACUCCCUCAGAUACGAACCCUAUAUUCUUACCGUCUGACCCUGAGUAUACCUGGAUGUUGGCCAAGAUGUGGUUCAACAACUCCGAUUCAUGCUAUCACCAGGCUGCCGUUCAUCUGGGAUUUACGCAUUUAAUGCUCGAGUUUGUCGCUGUGGUAACCCAUCGCCAGUUGUCUCCAUCGCAUCCGCUCUUCCGUUUACUGGCACCACACUUUCUUUAUCUGAUUGCAAUAAACACGCUAGCCUUGAAUAAGUUGGUAUCGCCUGGAGGCUGGUUGGACAAGACAAUGACUAUGGGCAGCACUGGCUUGUUUAAUAUUGUCAAGCGAACCAGGUCAAAGUGGAGAUUGGACCGGGAAGGAACUUUUCCUCGUGAUAUUAAAAAUAGAGGAGUAGAUGAUGCAGAUGCGUUGCCUAACUACCACUACAGGGAUGAUGCUCUUCUCGUUUACGG